AUGGCCUACAAUGCCGUCUCCCAGGCCGAUCAUGAGCUCGCUUCCAACCCGUCCGACUCGGAUGAUUCCCGCGCCUCUUCGCCGCACCGCAAACGACGGCCCUCCUUUCAUCAACUCCCCUUGGACCAUGACCAUAUCGGAGGCUCCAGUUAUCUCGAACCAGCCAGGAGCACCGAGGAUUCGGGCAUGGGCCGGUUAGGGUCGAUGAUCCGUUCGAUAACCUCCACCAGCUACGAUAUGGUCGAAGAAGACGAUUAUGAUGAUCAGCGACGAUCGAAUAGCCUCCGUCGCGUGCCUCCUCCGCCUCUCGACACCUCCACCGCUGCUGUCGCCCACCACCCUGACUCCCCCGAACCGCCCCUACGAUCCCCCAUCUCCGACGAUCCCGUCCCUCUCAGUCAUCCGACGCCCGAUCUACAAUCCCUGCAAGGUGCCUAUCUGAACAAUGUCGAGCGCCUCGAACGAAGCGCCGAGCGGAUCAGCUCCGCGGACAUUGGCUCCGAGAUCCGCAAGAUAGACCGCGAGCAGAAACGCCGUUCCGCUAGCUCCGUCUCUAGCCCUAUCCGCCCCCAAAGCCACGAUGGCUUCUACUCAAGACCCAUGAUCGCCUCUCCUCAGGGGUCCGUCAUGUCGGCCUCCCGUCUGGCCCAGGUGUCGGAACACGACCCUCAUGGUCCUCUCAAUCUCUCUUCGGAACUCAUAUCUCCUCCCACACAGAUGUCGCCCCACGAUGGACACGAGGCCCCUUACCACGAUGGAUAUAAUUAUCUCUUGGAGCAUGAGGUGGUCCGACCCUCCUCGGCGGCCUCCAAUGACACCUACCAGCAAGCCAGGACAUUGUUCACCGAUUUCGAUGGCGUGCACUACGUCCAUGACGAGAAGGGCGAACUGGGUCGACAGGUGUCCCUGCGAAGACCUCCUCUGGCGAGUCGAUCGGAAGCCUACCAGGAACCCCAGACGGGAGAGAACAUGGUCUACUAUCCCGCGCCGGUCCCGAUGAUGUUGAACCUUCCCCCCAAGCUAUCCCAGAAACCACAGCCGUCCCCCGCAGAGAGGGAAAAGCGACGGACACAGAUUUUGACCUCGGUUCCGGCCAACCGAAAAUCCGCCCCAUGGCUCGCUGGACCGCAACAGGGCGACACCGACGAGCCCAAGAAAGAGGACCGUUCCAAGGACCCACCCCCACAACUACGCGCAAGUGCCUUCUUUGAACCACCACCCGCCUCUCUUGAUAUUGAGGUGAAACAGGCCUCUGCGGUGGCGACUCUGGACAGCAUUCUCGAUGCCUCUGCGAACGCCCCAGUGACGGCCUUCACGGAUCACCCGUAUGCGGGCCACCUUGGCUCGGAAGUGUAUGGAAGCUCGAAGCCGAAGCCAGGAUCCAAGAAACCCGCCUCGUACAGUACUGUCAGCCUGGACAACCGCGAGUCAGAUGGGAACAUCCGCGACGAUGCCUCACACCGCCUCGACGGCCCAACUGAGGCGGAAGCAGCCAAUAUGCACGAAGGCACCUCACUUCAUGAGCCCGGUCGUGAGCGCAGCAGCGAUGAUGCUCCUCAGGGCGAUGAAGAAGCUGAAGCGGAGGAUGGAUUACCUUUCACGGGCCCUCCCACCACGCUCCUGGCCGAACUGGAGCUCCGGAAACAUGAACUGAAGCAACGACGACGCACGGCGGCUACUUCAGUUGGAUUGCACUCUACUCUUCUGCAGUUAGAUGCAGUGGCCCAGAAACAGAGUGAGCACCGACGACAGAGACCGGUCACCCUGGCCUGGGAGGAUCCCGAGGCGCACAAGAACGACAAUGAUGACGAUGAAGACGUCCCUCUCGGUGUCUUGUACCCGGAGAAACAGGCCGCAGUCGACGAUCACCGGCCAUUGGGUCUGAUGGAGAAACGAGAAUUGGAAGAAAGCGAACCCCUGAGCCGACGUCGUGCUCGACUCCGCGGAGAGCCUCCCCCACCUCCCCGAACCCCGGAUAAGCGUCCCACGACCAUGUACUCGCGGCAUGCACCGGAGCCGGAGCAUCCUGAAAGCGAGGAAGAGGAAGAAACCCUGGCUCAACGGAUGCAGCGACUGCGCGCCAAGGACCGGACCAGCACGGCGGCCGAGAGUGAGUUUGCGAGCGAGAUCAUGGCGGAGCUCAGUCAUUUGCAAGAACGCGAGGAGAAAGAGAAGGAGGACGCGGCUGCGCCGGAGGAUGAAACCCUGGCCCAGCGUCGCGCGCGUCUUCAGAAGGAAGCAGUGGAGGCUAAACGCAACUCGACCGCCAAGAUCCCACGAUACCGCCGAAGCAUGGCGGAUCUCCUGCACGCGCGACGGCCAUCUACGAUGACACACCAGCCCCGAAACGAGACGCCGGUGACGCCUCGGGGACUGACUCAUUCACAGUCCUACGACGCUCGCCUGUCUGUUCACCAGCUGCCCAUGCCCGCGGCUCCCCAAAUGUCGACGGGAUCCCUCCCCUACCAGGGCCACAUGCGGAAUGACUCCGGUGCACACGGAAUGGUGCAUCCGAAUACGUUCUACACCGAUGCCGUUCUCGGGAUGAGCCACCUGAGCUACGCCCGGCCUCCGGGGUACGGCGGAAACAUGAUACGUCCGGAGGUCGAUCCGGGCCAGCGCGCAAUGAUCGACCGCUGGCGCCAGAGCAUCGUAUAA